AUGGUGCAGUGGUUCCGGUUCUUGAAGCGAAAUCAACCUUUGGCUGUAUAUUUUUUUGCUGUACCUUAUCUAAGCCUUAAUUUGAUGGGUUAUUGGCCAGGAAACCGUGAGGAUCGAUUGCCAUUCCGUGCUCUUGUCCACUUUGUUAUCCUGGCAAUUGGAGUACUCACCGAACUUCAUGCUGGUCUCCUUUUUCUGGAUCAGCAACAGAUCACUCUGGCACUGGAGACUCUCUGUCCGGCUGGAACCUCGGCUGUCACUCUCCUCAAGAUGUUCCUGAUGCUGCGAUAUAGGAGUGAUCUCUGCGAUAUGUGGACCAGGUUGAGGGAGUUGCUCUUCGAGAUCCAAAAGGAGAGACCAGAGCAGCGUCGCAUUCGAUUGAGGCACUCGGUGAUGGCGGCAAGGAUUAAUUUUUGGCCUUUAUCCACGGGUUUUUUUACCUGUACAACCUACAAUCUGAAACCUAUAUUAAUGUCUUUGGUACUGUUUUUGCAGCAACGUGGAGAUCAGAUACUUUGGGUGACACCAUUUAAUAUGACCAUGCCACCAGUUCUCUUGAGAUCUCCCUUUUUCCCCUUGACCUACAUUUUUAUUGCCUAUACGGGAUAUGUGACCAUCUUUAUGUUUGGAGGCUGUGAUGGUUUCUAUUUUGAGUUUUGUGCUCAUAUAUCAGCGCUUUUUGAGGUUCUCCAAGCCGAAAUUCAAGCCAUUUUUAAGCCUUACAAAGAUCUUUUGCAGCUCUCACCAUUGCAGCUUUAUAAUUUGGAGCAGGAAAUGCGUUCGAUAAUCAUUAAACAUAAUUCUAUAAUUGAUUUAACCAAAUUUUUUCGAAAACGUUAUGCCAUUAUAACUUUGGCACAUUUUGUAUCCGCUGGAAUGGUUAUAGGUUUUAGUAUGGUUAAUUUACUAACCGUGGGCACUAAUGGCUUAGGAGCUCUUCUCUAUGUGGCCUAUACAAUUGCCGCUUUAAGCCAACUUUUGGUUUAUUGUUAUGGAGGAACUUUGGUGGCCGAAAGUAGUGUUCAGUUAUCCAGAGUUAUGGGUUCCUGUCCUUGGCAUCUACUUUCUCCCGUACAAAGGCGUUUGGUCCUGCUCCUUAUUUUGCGAUCACAGAGAGCCUUGAGCAUGGCAGUGCCCUUUUUUUCACCUUCAUUGGCCACAUUUGCUUCGAUUCUACAGACUUCGGGUUCAAUAAUUGCCUUGGUCAAAUCUUUUCAAUAG